AUGGCCAGCCCAAUCAAGCGCCUCGUCCAGCGCCUCCAGCGCCUCCGGAAGCAGAAACAAAGCCAAUCCACGCCAGCAGCCCCGGCCAUUCGCCGCCAGCAAGCCCAGCAGCCGAUCCGUGCCACGGCCGAUACUCUGAGCAUUGACUUGGUGAACAACACUAACUCCAGCAAUGUCUAUGCCUACAUUACCGGCCAGGCAAUCGACAACAACAAUGCCCUCUUCAUCCUGAAGGCUGACGGCGUCAGCGCCUACUACCCAACCUCCCCCUCCAAGGAAGGCGCUGAUCUCUCCGACGAUGCAUCGAUUCCAUUGGGUGCCCCGGGCUCGACAAAAACUGUUACUAUUCCCCAUCUUGCUGGCGCUCGCAUCUGGUUCUGCGUUGACGACAAACUCACCUUCCUCCUGAAUCCAGGGCCCGCUCUAGUCACCCCCUCAGUGACCAACAACUCAGACCCCAACAUCAACAAGAAGUGGGACUUUUGCGAAUUCACCUGGAACAGCUCCCAGCUCUACGCCAACAUCACCUAUGUGGACUUCGUCGGCAUUUCUGUUGGGCUGAAGCUCACGAACACUGCGGGUGCCACCCAGUCGGUGACCGGAAUGCCCGAGAACGGCCUUGACACCGUUUGCUCUGCUCUGCAGGCGCAAUCCAGCAAGGAUGGCGCGCCGUGGUCCAGCCUCAUCGUCAAGGACUCCAGUGGUGCCAAUCUGCGAGCGCUCUCCCCGAACAACGGUGCAGUCACUGGCAACGACUUCGGCACCUACUUUCAGGACUACGUGAACCGCGUCUGGUCCAAGUACGCCUCUGAAUCUCUCAGUGUCAAUACGCAGGCGUCGUUUGGUACUGUUACCGGCAAGAUUUCGGACAACCAGUUUGUCUUCGAUACCGAGACCUUCAGUCAGCCCUCAAGCGCCGACAUCUUCUCCUGCAGCACUGGGCCCUUUGCCAAUCCUUCUGGAAGUCAGCUCCGCAAUGCCAUCAUUCCGCGUCUGGCUGCUGCGUUCAAUCGCAGCACUUUGUUGGUUGAUACCACCACACCGGCCACCAGCAUCGACGAGUACUACACCGACGCCAUCACCAACCAUUAUUCGAGGAUUGUACAUGAAGCAAACACAGAUAAACGUGGCUAUAGCUUCCCGUAUGAUGACGUAGCUCCUGAUAAUGGUGCAGAUCAAUCGGGAAGUGUGUUUGAUGGGGCGCCCCAGGUGUUGACAGUCUACAUUGGCGGCAAUUCUUCGUAA